UCAUCAAUUAUUAAACUAGAAAAAAAACAUAAUUAACAAUGGAUUUGUACUAAUUCAACCUCCAAGUCAUCUUCCCUCACUUUCCUAGCUACCUCCUGCAGUUUACAGGCCUGAAGUCAAACCCAUAUUUUAAGAGUAUUCUUUCUUCUAGCUACCUCCAUCCAAUUGAGCAGUUCUGCAAAAUAGCUUCAAAUUCUUCCACAAGGGAACGGUUGAACUUUUAAUCAAGGUUCCUUUUUUUAAAUUCUGGUGUUGUUGGCAAGGCAGAGAAUGAAAUGGAAUUCAGAAGGAAUCUUAUGGUUCUAGGUGGAAGAUGAAAAGUUAGUUGGCAUGGCUUCAAGUUCUACAACCCUUUGGGGUAAAUUCUCCUUCAGAUUAUGAUGGAGUUACCAGCUACUAGGAUAUUAAGUCAGGCUGUGACAUGCUUUCUCUGUCUGUAUAUAUUUAUCGGAUCAGCUUCUGCAACUGAAGGGUUUGAGAGCAUAGCGUGCUGUGCUGAUUUGAAUUACACAGAUCCGCUUACCACCUUAAAUUACACAACAGAUUACACCUGGUUCUCUGAUAAAAGAAGUUGCAGAAAAAUACCUGAAACUGAGUUAAGAAAUAGAAGCAAUGAAAAUGUUCGACUGUUCGAUAUAGAUGAGGGGAAGAGAUGUUACAAUCUGCCAACAAUUAAGAAUGGAGUGUAUCUGAUAAGGGGCACAUUUCCAUUUGACAGUUUAAAUUCUUCCUUCAAUGCUUCAAUUGGAGUAACACAAUUAGGUGCAGUGAGAUCAUCCAGGCUCCAGGACUUGGAAAUAGAGGGAGUUUUUAGAGCUACCAAAGAUUACAUAGACUUCUGCUUAUUGAAGGGGGAGGUUUAUCCCUUUAUUUCUCAGCUUGAAUUAAGGCCAUCACCUGAAGAGUACCUACAAGAUUUUCCUACCAGUGUUUUAAAACUGAUAAGCAGGAACAACCUUGGGGACACUAAAGAUGACAUCAGGUUCCCAGUUGACCAAAGUGACCGAAUCUGGAAAGCAAGUUCAAUUUCUUCAUCUGCUGUUCCUCUGUCUUCCAAUGUCAGCAAUGUUGAUCUCAACGCCAAUGUAACGCCGCCCCUAACAGUCCUACAAACAGCUCUAACCGACCCUGAGCGAUUGGAGUUCAUCCACACUGACCUUGAGACAGAGGAUUAUGGAUACCGUGUGUUCCUCUACUUCCUUGAAUUAGAUAGAACUCUACAAGCAGGCCAAAGGGUGUUUGACAUAUAUGUUAACAGUGAGAUUAAAAAGGAGAGUUUUGAUGUAUUGGCUGGAGGGUCAAACUAUAGAUACGAUGUCUUGGACAUUUCAGCCAGUGGAUCACUUAAUGUAACCUUGGUCAAGGCAUCUAAGUCUGAGUUUGGACCCCUUUUGAAUGCUUAUGAGAUCCUGCAGGUGCGACCGUGGAUUGAAGAGACAAACCAAACAGAUGUGGGAGUGAUUCAGAAGAUGAGAGAAGAAUUGUUGUUGCAAAACUCCGGCAAUAGAGCGCUGGAGAGUUGGAGCGGAGACCCUUGUAUUCUGCUCCCAUGGAAAGGAAUAGCAUGUGAUGGUUCAAAUGGUUCAUCUGUUAUCACUAAGCUGGAUCUUUCCUCAAGUAAUCUCAAGGGACUAAUACCUUCCAGCAUUGCUGAGAUGACCAACUUAGAAACACUGAACAUAAGCCACAACAGUUUCGAUGGUUCUGUCCCCUCAUUUCCACUGUCGUCCUUGUUGAUAUCAGUAGAUCUGAGCUACAACGAUCUUAUGGGAAAGCUUCCAGAGUCUAUUGUCAAACUGCCACAUUUAAAAUCAUUAUAUUUUGGCUGCAACGAACACAUGAGUCCAGAGGAUCCAGCAAAUAUGAACAGUUCACUAAUCAAUACAGAUUAUGGAAGAUGCAAAGGGAAAGAAUCCAGAUUUGGACAAGUAAUUGUUAUUGGUGCCAUUACAUGUGGAUCACUUUUGAUUACUUUGGCUUUUGGAGUUCUUUUUGUAUGCCGCUACAGACAAAAAUUAAUUCCAUGGGAAGGAUUUGCUGGAAAGAAGUACCCAAUGGAAACAAAUAUAAUUUUCUCUUUGCCAAGCAAAGAUGAUUUCUUCAUAAAGUCCGUAUCAAUUCAAGCAUUCACCUUGGAGUAUAUAGAGGUGGCCACAGAGAGGUACAAAACCUUGAUAGGUGAAGGAGGGUUUGGCUCUGUUUACAGGGGUACUCUAAAUGAUGGCCAAGAAGUGGCGGUGAAAGUGCGGUCAGCGACAUCAACUCAGGGAACUCGAGAAUUUGAUAAUGAGCUAAACCUACUUUCAGCAAUACAGCAUGAGAACCUGGUGCCACUUCUUGGUUACUGUAAUGAAAGUGAUCAACAAAUUCUAGUGUAUCCUUUCAUGUCCAAUGGUUCUUUGCAAGAUAGACUAUAUGGGGAACCUGCAAAGAGAAAAAUAUUAGACUGGCCAACUAGACUCUCUAUUGCUCUUGGUGCAGCUCGAGGUCUGGCAUAUCUGCACACAUUUCCAGGACGUUCUGUAAUACACAGGGACAUAAAAUCAAGCAAUAUACUUCUGGAUCAUAGCAUGUGUGCUAAGGUUGCAGAUUUUGGUUUCUCAAAAUAUGCUCCACAGGAAGGAGAUAGUUAUGUCUCCCUUGAAGUAAGAGGAACUGCAGGGUACCUGGAUCCUGAGUACUACAAAACCCAGCAACUAUCUGAAAAGAGUGAUGUUUUCAGCUUUGGUGUGGUCUUGCUUGAAAUUGUGAGUGGCCGGGAACCUCUCAACAUAAAGAGACCCCGGACUGAGUGGAGCUUGGUUGAAUGGGCAACACCAUAUAUCAGAGGGUCAAAGGUGGAUGAAAUUGUGGAUCCUGGCAUUAAGGGAGGAUACCAUGCAGAGGCAAUGUGGAGAGUGGUGGAAGUAGCACUGCAAUGUCUUGAACCUUUCUCAACAUACAGACCAAGCAUGGUCGCCAUUGUUCGCGAGUUGGAGGAUGCUCUCAUAAUAGAAAACAAUGCAUCUGAGUACAUGAAGUCCAUAGACAGCCUUGGAGGAUCGAACCGCUACUCUAUUGUCAUAGAGAAAAGGGUGCUCCCCUCAACUACAUCUACAGCAGAAUCAACCAUCACAACACAGUCCUUGUCUCACCCACAGCCGAGAUAGUAAAUGCAUGAAUGGAAUUCUUUUGAUUCGUUUUUGAUAGUCAUGUAACAUUCUAAAUGGUAAAAGAGAAAAGACUACUUCUUAUUGUACUUCCACCCACUCUAUGCAUCUUGGAACUAAAUUUCUCUUGCUCAACCCCAUUUUUUGAUGGGUGAUAUGACUAAUCUGGGUCAAGUGCAAGUGAAACAACAUUGUGAGUUCUAAGGCUAUUCAUUUGCUAAGUCCAAACUUAACCAGUAAAAAUAGGAUUGUGAUUA